AUGCAGCCAAAUGGGAAGUCCGCUCUGACUAGCAUGACAUCGCUUCAGUUCGCCUUCUCUGAAGUAAAGUCUGCUUCUCGACUUCAAGGCAUUAUUUCAUUCCUCUCUUCGGACAGUAUGUCCUAUGUAGAGACUGAAUUGUGGGCCCUGGGGAUGGGCCCUCUUGCCAAAAAAAACUACUUGAUGCCUGAUGAAAUUAGGAGUCUUGUUCGUGCUGUAUACAGUGAUUCUCCUGCCCGGACCCAAUUUCUGCAGAAACUCUCAUCUCCGUCGCUACUAUUCCGGAUAUAA